CUUUGCGUUCGCGGAAGCAAGCUCCAACGACCUGCGCCAUUCCUCAAACACACGCUUGAGACAGACGCCGUUCCCACACUUCCUCGCUGUGAUGGACCGGGAGAGGCCGAAGUGAUGCUUGAUGGAAAGCUGAAAGGAGCCUAGGGCUCAUAGCAGCGCAACGAAACUCUCCGUGGUUGUGAUGAGAUGAAUCUGACGAUCAAUCAAAAUGUCGUCACUCAAGCUCGUCUUAUCGGCACUCCUUGGACUGCCGGCCCAUGUGCUCGGCGUAAACCUACUCGCAUCGCAUUACACGGGGAAGAUCUACUCGCUCUCGUUCAACAAUGGCUCUCUCACAGUCAAUCCGUCGCCCACCAGUGUCGGGGUUUACCCAGCCUGGCUAGGCCUCGACACGAGUAACGGGGCCAAGACCGUUUACUCUGUCGACGAGAGCUGGUUCGGCAGCGGUGUCCUCGCGUCUUUCACCGUGGGCGCAAAUGGUGCAUUGACGCAGACGGGGAGGCUCACUUCCUCGGGAGCCAGCGUACACGGCACGCCGUAUGCAAACGGGAAGUUCUUCGCUACGGUUGAAUAUGACCCCUCCACCCUAACCACCUACGCCCUGCCCUUCACAACAGGCGGCAAGGCGCUGCAAAAGCUCAAAUUCAACAUGACUUCCCCCGGGCCCAACCCGCGGCAGAACGCGCCACACCCACACGCAGCACACGUCGAUCCCACAGGGAAAUACCUUCUCGUGCCGGACCUCGGCGCCGACUUAAUCCGGAUCUUCAGCAUCGACAGCAGCACAGGGAAACUCACACCAUGCGCGCCAGGCGUGACCGGCUCCGGCGACGGGCCGCGCCACGGCGCGUUCUGGGCGCCCAAGGCGAACUCAACAGAGGGACUCAUGCUCUACACGGUCAACGAGCUAGGCAACUCAGUGACAUCAUGGAGCGUCUCGUACCCGGCGAACGCAUGCCUCGCGCUCACGCGGAAGCAAACGCUCCCCACGCACGCGUCCAACACGGCCCUCGCAAGCGGGUCCAAGGCCGCGGAAGUCCACGUGCGGGACUCCUUCGUGUACGCCGCGAACCGGGCGGACCAGACGUUCGGCGCGCAGCAGGACUCGCUCGCGACGUACGCGAUCGACGCGUCGAGCGGAGACAUCGCGUUCCUCGAGGCGACGAAUGCGCACGCGUGGUUCCCGCGGACGUUCCAGAUUAAUAGCGCCGGCACCCUCGUCGCUGUGGGCGGGCAGACGAGCAGCAAUGUCGCGAUCAUCGAGCGCGAUCCAGCGAGUGGGAAGUUGGGGAAAUUGGUGGCGAAUGCGGCGGUCGCGACGCCGGGACGGGAACAGCAGGAGGAUGGGCUUAGUGCUGUGAUUUGGGUUGAGUAAGGGGCAGCAUACGUGUCUACGCAAGGUACGGGAUU